CUUCGACAUCCUCGCCAUCGACACCCACCACCACCAUGUCGCCGCCGUUCCGCGGUCUCCUUGUCUCUCUGUGCUUCUUGUUUGCAAUUCCUCUUCUCAAUGCCCUUGUGAUUGAACGCCCUUGCUGCCAUGUCGAACGGCAUGUUCCAGCCCGAUUCGGCAAUUUCUACCCGAAGGAUGUCAACAAACUUGAACUCGUGGCAGUUCGCCCAUUCGAUGCGUGCAGCCGCAUCCGCAACGACAUUGCAGGCAAAGUUGCUCUCAUGGCGCGCGGCAAUUGCAACUUUGCACACAAGGUGUUGCAGGCUCAGGUGGCCGGGGCCAAGGCAGUCGUAGUCAUGGACAGCGAACAUCGCGUGAACACGUCGUGGGUGGUUACCAUGAUUGGGGACGCCGGGAACGCGACGCAGGUCGUCAUUCCUUCCGUGUUUGUGUCUCGAGCUAUCGGUUUGCGGCUCCUGGACUUGAUGGAUGCGCUCAAGUUGGCAGACAUGACCGUCCUUGUCACGUUGAACGCGACCGGCCAAGUCAUCGUCAAACAAAAGUCGAGCGACAUCACGACGCAAAACAUCCUCAUGGUCCUCGUGGGGUUGUUCAUGGUAUUGGUGGCCCACUGGUUUCGCCUCGGCACAUAACAUCACGCGUUGUUCAGCCAUCCUAUUUAAUCGGGAACUCUGGAAUCUCCAUCGCAGUCGUCUCGACGCAACGAAUGCCACGCUUGUCCAAAAUACAG